AUGGUAACUACCCAUGGGUAUCAGGCUUUUGAUGAACUGCCGAAGAAAGACAGCGUUGUCCAGAUAAACCACUAUGGUCAGAUGCCAUCCUGGGGUCCAAUGUCAAUCCAGGAUGGUGAACCGAGCCACAGUAGUUUUGAGAUGUCAGUCUUCAGAGGUGACCAGGAUUUCUGGGUACACCAACAGAAGACAAGUCCAGUGGGUAGCCAGCCUAUCUGGGACAGUCAUCUUCAAACUCCUGAAUUGGACAUCAUUCAACAUGGAGGCUCCCCCCCCCCAAGACAAAGUGAGGAAUGUAACCUGUUUCAGCUUCUGGACACCACUCCCAGCUGGAAAGACAAUUCCUCGGGUCAGGUGAAGUCUACCUCAGUAGAUGAGAAUGUCUGCUCAGGUCUGAAGCCAUCACCCACUGUUGGAGGAAGUGACAGUGAUGAGGAGACUUCAUCUGGAAACCAAACUUUAUGUGUGGAAGGUUCUACAUGCCCUGCCAGUUCCUUUGUGGCCAAAGGUCAGACUCAAGAGAGCUUUUCACAAAUCCCCUCGGGCCUGGGACAGCUUCCACAGGAGAAGUCACAGCUGACCACUCAGAGUCCCGGGACCCAGAUUAAUUCUGACACUGGGAGAUUCUUGUGUACCUACCCAGGCUGUGGGAAAUCUUACACAAAGACUUUCCACCUCAAAGACCACAUGAAGAAACACACUGGGGAGAAGGCCUAUGUGUGCAGUGAGCCCGGAUGCCAGUGGAAAUUUUACCGCUCUGCAGACCUCGAAAGACACAAAAGA